CUGGAUAUCCAGGUGUUGGGACAGAAGUUCGUGUGACCGAUGCCCCGUUAUUGCUGCAUUGAACACAUCAGCAUUUAGUCAGCGCGUGGCUGUCUGGGUUGGCUUGCAUUUAUUAUUUGCAUUUAUUUAAAAAUUAUUGUAAAUUUCUGGAACUAAUUUAUUUGGGGUGUUACAAUAUAAGAAUAAUGAAAGUUCAGGCAGGGGUCAUCCUGGUUGUUUUGUUCGCCGUUUUCGGUUCUGGAGCCAUAGAAGAGAACGACCAAGAACAGAAUGCGCUGGAAGAAUUGAUCGUAGAGACAUUGAUGAAACCUGAAUCCUGUAUUGAAACGUCAGAAAUGGGAGACACCCUACAAAUCCACUAUACGGGAAAGUUGCUGGAUGGCAAGGUCAUAGACUCCUCUCUUUCUCGGGAUCCUCUGGUUGUAGAGCUGGGGAAGAGGACAGUUAUUUCAGGGCUGGAGCAGAGCUUGCUGGGAGUCUGUCUCGGACAAAAAAUCAAGGCCACCAUCCCGUCACACCUGGCUUACGGAAAGCGCGGCUACCCUCCGACCAUCCCAGGUGACUCCCCGCUGGAGUUUGAGGUGGAGGUGUUGUCCCUCACCAAGCAGACGCCCUGGCAGAAGCUGGUGAACGACGUCCUGCCCCUGGUGUGCCUGGCCCUGGUGCCCACCCUGCUGGGUCUGGUAGGGCUCUACCUCUACAACAAGGCCAGUGCCCAACAGCCCAACAAACGAGCAAAGGACAAGAAGAGCAAGUUAAAGAAGAAAUAAAAAAUAUAUGAUUUUUUAAAAACA